AUGCCACCCUCUCAGCUGAAGCAGUUGAAGGCCUCGCUCCGUGACAACGGAGUGCUCGGUCCCCAAAAAUCCAAGAAGGAAAAACGUCAAAAUGCAAAGACCGGUGUCGGUGCGAAGAAUCGCAACCAGCGCGAGGUCGCCUUGCAAGCCAUUCGCGAUCGCUUCAAUCCCUUCGAGAUCAAGUCUACCAACAAGUCAAGCAAGUUCGAUGUCACAACAAGAGAUGGCAACACAACUGCUGGAGGUGGUGCUCGCCCCGGUGUCACCAAAUCUCUCGGUGAAGAAAGACGUCGCGCUACCCUUCUCAAGGAGAUGAACAGCCGCAACAAGAUCGGUGGCCUCGUCGAUCGCCGUUUCGGUGAGAACGAUCCUACCAUGACGCCCGAGGAACGUGCCGCCGAGAGAUUCGCUCGCGAAAGUCAGCGCAAGAUGCGCAAGGAAUCUAUGUUCAACCUCGAGGACGAUGAGGAAGAGCUGCAGUUGACUCACAUGGGUCAAUCCUUGGCACUCGAUGGACCUAACCAGGAUGACUUUGAUGCGGGCGAUUUGGAGGAAGCGGGAUCCGAUGACGAGAGCUCGCGCAAACGCAAGCGAUUCGAAGAUUUGGAGGAAGGCCAGGAUCAGGAUCAGGAUCAGGAAGACUUUAUCGACUACGAAGAUGGAGAAGACCAACCUGGGCGUAAGAAGACCAAGGCCGAAGUUAUGAAGGAGGUCAUCGCCAAGUCGAAGUUUUACAAGGCGGAACGACAGCAGCUCAAGGACGAUGAUGAGGACUUGCGCGAGGCACUCGAUAAGGAACUCCCAGAUCUUUUCGACGCUCUUCGUGGCCUCAAGGCUCCUGCGAAGCCGGAGGCACCCAAGCAGGAUUUCUCAGAGAUGAACCCUGAGCGUGCCGCUCUUUUGGAGCAAUCGCAAAACAUGAACCCCGAGAAGGAAUACGACCAGCGCCUCCGACAGUUGACAUUCGACCAGCGAUCAAAGCCCACGGAUCGCACCAAGACCGAAGAAGAAAAGGUGGAGGAAGAAGCUGAACGACUCAAGAAGUUGGAGAGUGACCGUCUCCGCAGAAUGCGUGGCGAGGAACUCAGUGAUGAGGAGGUUGACAAUAUGGACAUGGACGAAUUGCCAGAGGACGAAGACGAGUCAGAGAUCGACGACGCCACACAUUUCGGUCUUCCUGCCUACCCCAUGCCUACGGAUUCCCGUCCGGAUAUGGGGGUUGAGGAUGAGGAUGAUUUCGUCAUUGACGAUGAUCUGGUUGAAACCAACUCCAAUGCCAGCCUUGAAAUCGGCGAGAGUGACAUUGAAGAAGAUUCUUCGGACGACGAGUCUGAAGGACCAGACGGAGAGGAUGAGCUCAUCAACGGCAUGACACUACCAACUGACGAGACCGCUGCCGCUUCAGCUGCUAUCGAGGUCAACCAGGAAUCAAACGGGAAGCUUGCCUUCACAUAUCCCUGCCCCAAGGACCACGAAAGCUUCUUGGCCAUUGUCAAGAGCGUUCCCGUUGAAGAGAUCCCCACGGUCGUCCAGCGUAUUCGAGCCUUGCACCAUGCCCGCCUCAAGCCUGGCAACAAGGACAAGCUUGGUCGAUUUGCUGAGAUUCUUGUUCAGCAUGUCUCUUACAUGGCGAAUGAGGAUGAGCAGCCUCCAUUUGCUAUCAUCGAAAACAUCAUUCGUCACAUUCAUUCUUUGGCCAAGAACCAUCCCUUGAACGUCACAAUCGCCUGCCGCGCUCUUCUUCGUGAAAUUGGCAAGGAACGCCCGCUCGACCUUCUCCCUGGUGACCUCGUCUUGCUUACCGCUAUCUCAACCAUCUUCCCCACAUCCGAUCACUUCCACUCAACGGUCACACCCGCUCACCUUUGUCUGGCUCGUUACCUGGGCCAGUGCUCCACCACAUCCCUCGCAGAUCUAGCGCGUGGCGCAUACGCUUCAAGUCUGUGUCUUCAAUACCAGACCGUCUCCAAGAGAUACAUGCCCGAGUUUAUCAACUACACUUUAAACGCCAUCUGCAACCUGGCCCCCACAGAGCCGACUACCAAGUUCGGUGCCUUCCCCUACCGGUCCUCCCAGGAACCCGUCCGGCUCGCUGCCACCAAGAAGGUCACACCACGCAAGUUGCAGUUCCGCGAUCUUACCACCAGCCCCUCCAACCCCCAGGCCGAGGGAGAUCUCAAGAUCUCGCUCCUAACCACCUUUGUUUCCCUCCUCGGCUCCGCCUCCGACACCUGGGCCGAGAAGUCCGCAUUCACUGAAAUCUUCACGCCCGCUCGAGCAGUGCUGAAGUUCCUCCGCUCAUCCCUCAAGAGCAAGGUCUACGCCCCAGCUCGGGACACCAUCCAAAGCACCACAGACAAGAUCGACGCCCACCUCGCACAAGCCCGUCUCGUCCGCCGCCCACUCUUCCUCCACAACCACAAACCUCUCGCCAUCAAGACCGCCAUCCCCAAGUUCGAGGAGAACUUCAACCCGGACAAGCACUACGACCCGGAUCGCGAGCGCGCCGAGUCCAACCGUCUCAAGAAGGAGUUCAAGCGCGAGAAGAAGGGUGCUAUCCGCGAGCUCCGCAAGGAUGCCAGCUUCAUUGCCCGCGAGAAAUUGCGCGAGAAGAAGGAGCGCGAUGCCGAGUACGAGUCCAAGUACCGUCGUCUUGUGGCGGAGAUUCAAAGUCAGGAGGGUCGUGCUGCGAACGAGUACGAGCGCGAGCGUGGCAGGAAAUAG